GUUUGUUGUAUACGGAUGCAUUGCUGCUGUUUGCAUCAAGCACAGGACGACGAGCAUUUGGAGGCGCAGCCGGAGCAACAACAGCCGCUACAGGAUAAUCAGGAGCAAGUGGCGCCGCCGCUGCCGCCACCACAGGAAAUCAUUGACGCGGACGCCAUUGCCGACACAAUUGACGCGGGCGCCAUUGAUAACGAUAACGACGCCGUCGUGGAGCGCAUUGACGAUUACGACGACGACGACGAGGACGACGGCGAAGCUGACGAAGUCCACGGCGACGACAACGACGACGACGACGUGCUCGAGGAAGGUGACGAGGAGGAGGGCGACGCCGACGGGGAGGUCGAAGCCGAUAGAGACAGAGACGGAGACGCUGUCGCCGCAUCAUCAUCAUCCGCUCUAGCUGCAGACGCAGUUGGAUCAGCAUCAUCAUCGUCCUCUGCGAUAAUUGGUGGCCAACAACAGCAGCGUCUGCAUUCCGUGGCCGUCUUGCCGAGCUAUUCCACUGCCGGGCGACGCGUUGCACGUGCCUCACUGCCACCUCUAUUGCGUGCUCCACGCAGCAUCAUCAACAACAACAACAAUAAUAAUAAUAAUAACAACAACAACAGCAACGCCAACAAUAAUAAUAACAACAGCAACAGCGGCGCCUCAAGCUCAUCGAGCAGCUCGCGACGCACGCGUCACUUUUACAGCAACAACGGCAGCCACUUCAGCAACGAGAUGUACGCCGGCAGCCACAAGAGCUCAUCCUCCAGCCAGAGCCAGAGCCAUGGCCACAACCAGAGCUCUCCAAGAACGGGUGGCAGCAGCAGCGGAGGAGGAGCCACUGGAGGACGCAGUCAGAGUCAGGCACAUCAGGGCGUAGAUCCCUUGAGGCUCCUCUAUCCCAAUGUCAACGAGAACGAGACGCCGUUGCCACGUUGCUGGAGUCCACACGACAAGUGUCUGACCAUUGGACUCUCGCACAACAAUCUACGCGUCACCUACAAAGGCUCUGGUAAGACACACAUGGAGACAGCGGGCUCAGUGCGCACCGCAUAUCCGAUACCAUCGUCCUGUGGCCUUUACUACUUUGAGGUGCGGAUCAUUUCGAAGGGUCGCAAUGGUUACAUGGGCAUUGGACUGACCGCCCAACAGUUUCGCAUGAAUCGCUUGCCAGGAGGCGACAAGCAAUCGUAUGGUUAUCAUGGCUACGAUGGCAACUCGUUUAACUCGUCGUGCAACGGACAGUCGUAUGGGCCAACAUUCACCACAGGCGAUGUCAUCGGCUGUUGCGUCAACUUUGUGACCAACACUUGUUUCUACACCAAGAACGGCGUCGAUCUGGGCAUCGCAUUUACAGAUUUGCCGACCAAACUCUAUCCCACGGUUGGACUGCAAACGCCUGGCGAGGAGGUGGAUGCCAAUUUCGGUCAGGAGCCAUUCAAAUUCGAUAAAAUCGAGGAGAUGAUGAAGGAGAUGCGCGCCAAUGUGCUGCGCAAAAUCGACCGAAAUCCCCAUUUGCUCGAGACUCCCGAAAAUCUAAUGAACAGACUGGUGUCGACUUAUUUGGUGCACAGCGGCUACUGCAAGACAGCCGAGGCCUUCAAUGGCUACACACAGCAGCCCUUCGAUGAGGAUUUGUCUUCAAUCAAGACACGGCAAAAGAUAAUCAAGCUUAUACAAACGGGCAAAAUGAGCCAAGCCAUUGAGAAUACGUUGCGUUCUUAUCCCGGUCUCUUGGAGAACAAUAAGAAUCUUUGGUUCGCACUCAAGUGCCGUCAGUUUAUCGAGAUGAUCAAUGGCGCAGACAUAGAGCACGCCAACAAUAAGGUGACCGCCACCACACAGACAAUGCCAACAAAUCAAACGUCGGUCAUCCAGUCGACGAAGACGUUCAAGCACAGCAAAAGCGGCAGCGGCAACAACACCACGAGUGCCAGCAACACUAACAACCAGCCACAAAACAACACUGCAAACUCAGCUGUGAUAAAGCCCGGCGAUAAACCAGACCCCAAAACCAUGAUCAUUGAUGACAACUCCAACAAAUGCCCGGAGCACGAUUCAAAUAGCAUGGAUGUGGAAAUGGAGCCUUGCAACAGUCACUCCAAUGGCGAUUCCUGUUCUAAUGGCAAUGCCAAUGUAGCGCGUAACUCUCUAGAUGCCAUCGAUGAGGAAAUGGAUGUGGACAUAUCGCCCUCUUCGCGUAAUUAUGGGCGUGUCAUUGAAAAGAUAUUGGAGUUUGGCAAGGAACUGUCCAGCAUGGGCCAGCAGCUGGAGAAGGAGAACCUCAUGACUGAAGAGGAGCGUCAAAUGUUAGAGGAUGCAUUUAGCUUGAUUGCUUACUCAAAUCCUUGGUCCAGUCCUUUGGGCUGGCUGUUGUGUCCCUCGCGACGUGAAAACGUCUCCACCACGCUCAACUCAGCCAUAUUGGAGUCGCUCAACUUUAAGCGCCGUCCACCGCUUGAGUAUUUGGUGGCUCAUGCUGCGGAACUGUUGAAGCUAAUCGGACAGCAUUCGUUGGGCGAGGACGCUUUCGUUACCAUCGACGAUGUGUUUCCGCAAAAUUGA